AUGCAUUCCUUUUGUUUUUGGCUUUCCUCCGCACUUGCCCUUGUGGCGACAGUGCAAGGUCAAGGAAACACCAGCAACGCUGAGAGAGUUGAUGCUGCUCUUGCCGCUCUUACUGUUACCAACCUUGAAGACGUCCGCGGCAACCUUCACCUGCCCACAAUUUCGAAUGGGUUUGCCGUCAACUGGGAGAGUAAUCAUUCCUCCGUCAUCUCUAUCGAUGGAAUUGUCAAUAGACAGUUGACAGACACUCCCGUCGCACUUAUAGCAUCAAUCGACUAUGAAGGGGUUUCCCAGACACGCGAGCUGUUCGCUUCAGUGCACAAAGCUGCAGCACUUGGCUCGUUUGAGGGCUAUGCGUUCUCUUACUUUACUGGAAACUCACUCGCUGGCGAAAACAUUUUCUUUGCGGCCAGUGAUAGCAAUAAUGCAUUGGAGUGGACCGAGUUGAACGGCGGCCAGCCAGUUCUCACCUCAUCAUACGGCACCAAGGGAUUGCGAGACCCUUUUCUCAUUCGGUCGCCAGAGGGUGAUACUUUUUACCUCAUCGCCACGGAUCUAUCUAUUGGCUCUGGAACCUCUUGGGGUGAUGCCGUGCGCAUCGGUAGCCGCUACCUUGAAGUUUGGGAGUCUCAUGACCUCAAGACCUGGUCUGAGCAACGCCACAUUCUGGUCUCUCCACCUGAGGCUGGAAACACAUGGGCCCCUGAAGCCUACUACGACGACGAGCUUGGUGCUUACCUGGUAUUCUGGGCUUCGUCGCUUUACGAGGCCACUGAUGUCAACCGUACAGGCAGCACCUACCACCGCAUGCUUUACGCGACGACUCGCGACUUCGUUACUUUCAGCGAGACCUCAGUGUGGCAGGACGCUGGGAUGUCGAGAAUCGACUCAACUGUAAUCAAGUCCGCGGAUACCUACUACCGCUUCACCAAAGACGAAGGUGCCAGCGGUACAGGGUGCAGUGACAUCAUUCAGGAGAGUUCGGCUUCUCUUCGAGCCACCUUAGAGUCGUGGACCAUCAUCGAUUCAUGCAUCGGCAAGAAAGCCGGUACCAGCGCCGUCGAGGGGCCAACUGCCUUCAAGUCUAACCCAAAUGAUGUUCAUGGUGAAAAGUUCUACCUUUUUGUCGAUGAGUACGGCGGUCGCGGUUACAUUCCACUUGAGACUGCCGACAUUGGUAACCCCGACUGGAAGGUCUCGGCCUCUUACAAUUUGCCGUCCAGCCCACGGCACGGAACCGUCAUCCCAGUCACUGCUGCUGAGCGUGCUAGUUUGACGGAGGCCGCGCCGGCCCGUAGAGCUGUUAACGCUGAUGGAGAAAUUCUUCGCUACGACUUUACGACAGUCGACGGCGCACAACUCCAGGAUGCUUCAGGCAACGGCAAUCACGCUGUGAUUAAUGGUGGAGCCACUAUUGUGGACGGCGCCCUCAGCUUUGACGGCGUAGACGAUUUCGUUCAGCUCCCUGAUAACAUUAUCUCUGGUGUCGAAGACAUUGCAAUUGAGACUUGGGCCCUUCUAGAUUCCUCCCAACAAACUCCCUAUUUCAUCUAUGGGAUUGGCAAUACAGUGUCUGGUAAUGGCAACGGCUACAUUUUUACUACUGGAAGCCCCUACAGAGGUAGCAUUGCUACCGGCAACUGGACGACUGAGCAGACCGCAGCAUCCAGCUCUUCACUGCCACAAGACACCUGGCUACAUUUGGUGUACACGAUUUCAGGACGUACUUCCGCAAUCUACCUGAACGGCUACGAGGUGGCUCGCAACGAGGAUGUAAAUGUCGACCCAAAGAAUAUCGGCCAAGGCGUCACGACAGCCAACUACAUUGGCAAGUCUCUCUACUCGAGCGACAAACUGUUCAAGGGUCAAAUUCGCGAGUUUGCCAUUUUCAAUAGAUCUCUGACAGCGGCUGAGAUUCUCUCUCGCUCUGGUAAUGUCGGAGCGAUUACAGAAGUGUCUCUUGCAGACGCUUCUGCUCUCAAGGUCCCAGCCAUCAUCAACACGACUGCCGGUAAGGUCUUAUUCCCGGUCAAGUCUGGCAUCGAUGUAACCGCCCUUGCACCGACAUUCACCACAGCCGAGGGCGUGACUUCUUCCCCAUCCUCUGGCACCAUUGUUGAUCUUACUGCCGAAGUCAAGUACGUCUUGAAGAAGGAUGAUGAGACUGUUGCAGAGUGGACCGUCAGCGCUGUUGAGAUGCGCAGUCCUGUCCUGCCUGGUCUCUACGCCGACCCCAAUGCUGCGGUCUUCAACGGCGUGUAUUACAUCUAUGUGACCACCGACGGUGUUCCGGGAUGGGGAGGAAACACUUUCUACGCGUGGAAGUCUACCGAUCUCGUCACUUGGACUCGCGGAGAGGAACCUUUCCUAACCCUCGAUGGUGCGAAUGGCAAUGUUCCCUGGGCCACCGGUAAUGCAUGGGCGCCUACUAUUGCUGAGCGCAACGGGAAGUACUACUUUUACUUCAGUGGCCAAAACGCAGCUUUGGACACGAAGACCAUCGGUGUCGCGGUAGCCGACACUCCCGAAGGCCCUUUCACUGCUCAGCCUGAGGCCAUGAUCCUUAACAACGAGGCCAUCACUGCGUCUCAAGCUAUCGACCCUGCAGCCUUCCAUGACCCUGUCUCCGGAAAAUACUACAUCUUAUGGGGUAACGGUCGUGCUCUUGUGGCCGAACUAAACGAAGACAUGGUCUCUGUCAACUGGGACACGCUCCAGGCCAUCAGCGGCCUAGUUGACUUCCGGGAAGGCGUCUUCUUGGUUUACCGCGACGGUCUUUAUCAUCUUACAUAUUCCAUCGAUGACACCGGUUCGGAGAACUAUCGUGUCGGUUAUGCCACAUCCGAAUAUGUCGCUGGACCCUGGACAUACCAUGGUGUGAUUCUGCAGAAGGAUCCAUCUCAAGGAAUCCUCGGUACAGGUCACAACUCCAUGUUCAGCGUUCCUGGCACCGAUGAUUGGUACAUUGUCUACCAUCGGUUCGCCAUCCCUGGCGGCGGUGGAUACAGACGUGAAACCACCAUCGACCGCGUCACUUUCGACCCUGAGACGGGCUUGAUCAACCCAGUUAUCCCUACGCUCACCAGUGUUGAACCAGAAACCGUGCCUCAGAAGUUCCGCCGUGUAUCUCGAGUGAUGCGUCUUUGA